CGCGCGGGAGCGCACGGCGGGGCGCGGCCGAGGAGGCGGGGAGCCGGCGCGCCGAGGGACUCGGCCGGGCGCCCAUGGCGUUCGCGCUGCUGCGCCCGGUCGGCGCGCACGUGCUGUACCCGGACGUGCGGCUGCUGAGCGAGGACGAGGAGAACCGCAGCGAGAGCGACGCGUCGGAUCAGUCGUUCGGCUGCUGCGAAGGCCUGGAGGCGGCACGGCGAGGCCCCGGCCCCGGGGGCGGGCGACGGGCGGCCGGCGCGGGCCCCGUGGUGGUGGUGCGACAGCGGCAGGCGGCCAAUGCGCGGGAGCGGGACCGCACGCAGAGCGUGAACACGGCCUUCACAGCGCUGCGUACGCUCAUCCCCACCGAGCCGGUGGACCGCAAGCUAUCCAAGAUCGAGACGCUGCGCCUGGCGUCCAGCUACAUCGCUCACCUGGCCAACGUGUUGCUGCUGGGCGACGCGGCCGACGACGGGCAGCCGUGCUUCCGCGCGGCCGGCAGUGCCAAGAGCUCCGUCCCCUCGGCCACUGCCGACGGUCGCCAGCCACGCUCCAUCUGCACCUUUUGCCUCAGCAACCAGCGCAAGGGGGGUGGUCGUCGGGACCUGGGGGGCAGUUGCUUGAAGGUGAGAGGGGUGACCCCGCUUCGAGGACCACGGAGAUGAAACUGGGCCCCCAGCCAGCGGCACUUGCUCGGUGCAGGACCCGGGAGAAGGAAGCCAGGAGCUGGCCACUGGCUGUACAGGGGAGAAGACCCCAGAAGCCAGAGCCAUCUCUUCUUUGUGAAGGGACCAUGGGACAGUGGCCUGGACCCUCAGGAGCCUCUGGCCAGGACCCUGGGGCAUCUCUUCGUCACCCUCGAGAGCUGCAAGGAUCCAUGGAGGCUAGCCAGCCCUGACUGAGCAGAGACAAGACAGAACUUUUGAAAAAACAAAGACUGUGGGUGACAGAGGGUAUGAGCAUGGUGAUGCUUGUGUGUGUGUGUGUGUGUGUGUGUGUGUGUGUGUGUGUGUGUGAGCGAGAAAGAGAGGAAGGGAGGGAGAGAGAAUUGAUGGGUUUAAAAAUAAAAGAUAUUUUUAAAUAAAAGAUGUUUUUCCCAGCUAAGGAAUGAAAGAGUUGUGGAUAUUGCAGGUCAGAGGCAGCCCCUUCCCUGGACUUGUCUAGGGGUGGAGAAUUCCAAAGUUUCCCCGCCGGCUGCUGCUUAGAUGGUGUUGCGUGGCAGUGAAGGUUCUAAUGCAGUCUUAUCUGGUUCUGAGUGAGGAUGUGUAUCUCAUUCACUUGACUCUAAAUCCCCAGGGAAGAAGGGGAUGAAUGGCGUGCUGUCUGCCUUCCUCUUCCCUCCAACCCCCAGCUAGCCACCAGGAGCAGCCGGAAUCCCAGGGUUUCCCAUGAAGCAGCUAGAACAUGCACAGAUGAUUCCCCACGCCCCAAUCUCACUUCCUGCCUCUUCCUUUUCUCUUGACCCAUCUUGGGAUUGUGCCGGGUCAACACACAAGGCCAGUCCUCACUCGAUGCUUCUUAUGCCCUUUCGUAAAUGUGUCAUUGCACAAGUGAGUGUAUACACACCUGGACUCCACCUGUGUGAAUGCACCUGUGCUCACCGAGUCCUGUAUAGCUGAGAUUAUUGUAUUUCUGGGACAAAGACAGCAAGCACAUGGCAGAGUGACGCUCUGAGGUCUGGCCACUGUGAGAGCAGGAAGCAGCUCCCUCCCCCACUCCGGAGGUCCCACCUG